AUGGUCGUUGCGUUGAGGUAUGUUAACAAAAAUGAUAAAGUGAAUGAGCGAGUUAUUGCUAUUGUUCGUGUUGGUGAUACAUCGGAAACUCCAUCGGCAUAUUGCAUCCAUUGUUUUGCUCACCAAUUACAAUUGACACUUGUAGCCGUUGCCAAAAAAUAUUUGCUUGUGGAUGAUUUUUUUGCUAUUAUUACUAAUGUGUUGAAUGUGAUGGGAGCAUCAUUUAAGCUCAGAGAUAAACUUCGGGAUCAUCAAGCAGAAAUAUUGGAGCAACUACUAGAAAGUUGUGAAGUUCAAAGUGAAAAAGGAUGGGAUGCUUUGAUGAAUGAAGUUCGUGUAUUUUAUGAUAAACAUGAAAUCUUGGUACCUAAGAUGGAUAAUUUUUAUCUUCCCAAAAAUUUAAACCGUAGGCCUUCUAGUGUUACUUACUCACAUCACUUACGUGUUGAGCUCUUUUAUACUAUAAUUGACUUUCAACUUCAAGAGCUUAAUAAUCAUUUUGAUGUUGUGAGUGGUAACUUGCUUAUUGGUAUGGCAAUAUUGAAUCCAUCUAAUGCUUUUGCUAAUUUUGAUAAGGAAAAAAUAAUGUUAUUGGCCGAACAUUAUCCAGAUGAGUUUGGUGAAUUAAAGCUUCGGGAGCUUAGUUACCAACUUGAUACUUUCAUUAUACACAUGCGACGUGGUGAUCCUAUAUUCUCUAAUUUGAAAGAAAUUGGUGAUUUGGCAGAAGCACUGGUUAACACAAAUCUUGUGAAAACUUAUUCUCUUGUGUACUUACUUGUGAAGUUGACCUUGUUUCUACCAGUCGCUACUGCAACUGUAGAGAAAGUUUUUUUAUCCAUGAAGCAUAUCAAGAAUGAAUUGCAUAACAGUAUUGGUGAUGCAUUUUUAAGUGAUUGUAUAGUUUGUUACAUUGAGAAGGAUAUAUUUGUAAAUAUAAGCAACGAUGCAAUCAUUGACCAUUUUUAG